AUGCGACAGCCACAGGGUUAUGUGGAGGGUGAUGGGAAGCUGCUUGGAUUCACUGCCACAACCUCUGAUGUUUCAGUCUUCACCAAGUUUGAUACCAAUGCUACCACCUUUGUGCUUGUGUAUGUAGAUGAUAUGAUCAUCACUGGAAGCUCAACAAGUGCUAUGACAGUUGUAGUGAACCAGCUGAAUUGCAUUCAGGUUAGCAAGACUAAGGGUGGUGGACUGCUACUCAGCCAAGAGAAAUACGAUAAUGAUUUACUAGGAAAGGCAGGUAUGACAGGCUAUAAGCCUUGUAAAACACCUCUCCCAUCAUCACUGAAAAUAUCUCAGUUUGGUGGUGACAUGUUUGAUGAACCAGCACUUUAUCGUUUAGUGGUAGGAAGUCUUCAGUAUCUCACCAUUACAAGACCAGAACUCGCCUAUGCUGUAGGCAAACUCUCACAGUUCAUGCAAGACUCGUUGGAAUCGCAUUGGAAACUUGUUAAAAGAAUCUUCAGGUAUGCAAGUGAAACAAUCAAAUAUGGGCUACAUCUCCACAAGAAUGACUUGUUGAACAUCACAGCCUACUGUGAUUCGGAUUGGGGAGGAGACCCAGAUGACAGGAAAUCAAUUGGUGGUAUGUGUGUCUUCUUAGGAAGAAACUUGGUGUCCUGGUCUUUUAAGAAGCAAUCUGUGGUAGCCAGGUCAAGCACAGAGGCUGAAUACAGAGCUAUGGCGGAUCUAGUUGCAGAACUUAUAUGGAUCAAGAACCUGCUAAGUGAGCUAAAGGUCACAGCUUCUACUCCUACCAUAUACUGCAAUAACCUGAGUGCUAUGCUUUUGGCAGCCAACCCCAUCCUGCAUUCAAAGUCUAAACACUUUGAAACUGAUCUUCAUUUUGUGAGGGACUAUGUAUCGAAUAAAGUAGUACAAGUCAGCCAUGUUCUAGGAUCUGUUCAGUUGGAAGACAUUCUAACAAAGGCAAUUGCCUCUGGAAUGUUUAAAAGUGCUAGAGCAAGGUUGAAUAUUGAGCAAAAUUUGUUGUACAGUGCCACUGCUGAAGGGGCAGCAGGAACAGUUCAUGAGCCAGCCAUACCUAGUAAUGAAGGAGUUUUGCAGAAUAGCAGCAAAACUAAAGACCUCAGCAGCAGAGUGUAUGAUGGAGCAAGUGUUAAGCAACACAAUGAAAUCAGAUAG